ACGUGGUUUGCUCCAAUAGCCUGCUAGCAACGGUUUGAUCAAAAACAUGCGCUUAUUAUGAUAUCCUGGGAUUGUCGAAUACGAACAUGGCUUCAGGAACUUAUAUCACCCUCAGCACCCUUCAUUCAAAUCCAGCAUGCUGCCGUCGCUUGUCCCGGAUUUAUGCAGGCGGACUAUCCCUGCAUAUGCGGCCCGCGCCUUUUUAAUGUACCUUUGGUCCCCAGUAUGGAUGCGGGGGAUACAGGGACGAAUCGGGGCCUAUCGAGGCACUGCUCUGGUUGUUCUUUCACCUUAUCUGUUGGUCUUUACGAGUAUGGGUGUACCAAACUGUUUACCUCGGUACCUGGCCAAAUCCAAGAUGCAUCUGUUCCACCCGAGUCUCACUCCACAGAUCAGUUCAAGUUGGCUGAUCGGUCCGCAACUUGGUAUCGCACACUUACAGGAGCAUACAAUAAUUUUCUCGUGAGUCGUGAUAGAACUUACCUAUAUGUGAUCGAAUCUUGUACACACCUGCCGGUAGCCCACGCGGUUGCAUGGGACCCAUCACGAAUGUCCUACCUGAAGUAUGCACUUUUGAUUCCUUCUCACACCCUAGGGUUAGUGAUAAAGAUUCCUGGUACAGAAGGCUGUUCUCUCCCUGUUCCAGGAAAAACCUACUAGUACGGACAUGAAAGAGUCUACAUUCUACUCCAGUAAGUCUAUCGCCGCUUAACCUCGCCUGGCUGAUGUGUGUCACUUCAGGAUCCGCACUGUCGUGCUGACCCCGCUUCUGUUCACAUACCCCAAACCUAUCUGGAUUCUUGUUCAGUUAAGUUACUUCUGCAGACAAAUACAUGACAUGUACAUAC